AUGCCCGACGACUACAAAAAGCAGAAUCUCUGGCUCGAGAAGCAUCUCCUCAAUUCAACCCAGUCUCCAAUUCAUCGCAGUCUUCAAUUCAUCGCAGUCUUCAAUUCAACGCAGUCUUCAAUUCAACCCAGUCUCGAGUUCAACGCAGUCUCUAAUUCAACCCAGUCUCCAAUUCACCCCAGUCUCCAAUUCACCCCAGUCUCCAAUUCAACGCAGUCUUCAAUUCAACGCAGUCUCCAAUUCACCCCAGUCAAUUCACCCCAGUCUCGAAUUCAACCCAGUCUCGAGUUCAACCCAGUCUCGAAUUCAACCCAGUCUCGAAUUCAACCCAGUCUUGAAUUCAACCCAGUCUCGUAUUCACCCCAGUCUCGAAUUGAACCCAGUCAAUUCACCCCAGUCUCGAAUUCAACCCAGUCAAUUCACCCCAGUCUCGAAUUCAACCCAGUCAAUUCACCCCAGUCUCCAAUUCAACCCAGUCAAUUCACCCCAGUCUCCUCCAAUUCACCCCAGUCAAUUCACCCCAGUCUCCAAUUCACCCCAGUCAAUUCACCCCAGUCUCCAAUUCAACGCAGUCUUCAAUUCACCCCAGUCUCCAGUUCAACCCCGUCUUCAGUUCAGCCCCGUCUUCAAUUCAACCCAGUCUCCAGUUCAACCCUGUCUUCAAUUCAACCCAAUCUUGAAUUCAACCCAAUCUCCAAUUCACCCCAGUCUCCAAUUCAACCCAGUCUCCAUUUCACCCCAGUCAAUUCACCCCAGUCAUCAAGUUUCAACCAUCAAGAAUCAAGAUUCCAUCACUCUCGAGUUCAAAUUCCACUCCCAACACGAUGA